AUGCCGCGGGGCCCUGGCUCGCUGCUGCUGCUCGUCCUCGCCUCGCACUGCUGCUUGGGCUCGGCGCGCGGGCUCUUCUUCGGCCAGCCCGACUUCUCCUACAAGCGCAGCAAUUGCAAGCCUAUCCCGGCCAAUCUGCAGCUGUGCCAUGGCAUAGAGUACCAGAACAUGCGGCUGCCCAACCUGCUGGGCCACGAGACCAUGAAGGAGGUGCUGGAGCAGGCGGGCGCCUGGAUCCCGCUGGUCAUGAAGCAGUGCCACCCGGACACCAAGAAGUUCCUGUGCUCGCUCUUUGCCCCCGUCUGCCUCGAUGACCUGGACGAAACCAUCCAGCCGUGCCACUCGCUCUGCGUGCAGGUGAAGGACCGCUGCGCUCCGGUCAUGUCCGCCUUCGGCUUCCCGUGGCCUGACAUGCUCGAGUGCGACCGUUUCCCCCAGGACAACGAUCUCUGCAUCCCUCUUGCUAGCAGCGACCACCUCUUGCCCGCCACCGAGGAAGCUCCAAAGGUAUGUGAAGCCUGCAAAAAUAAAAAUGAGGAUGACAACGACAUAAUGGAAACUCUUUGUAAAAAUGAUUUUGCACUGAAAAUAAAAGUGAAGGAGAUAACCUAUAUCAACAGAGAUACCAAAAUCAUCCUGGAGACCAAGAGCAAGACCAUUUACAAGCUGAACGGUGUGUCCGAAAGGGACCUGAAGAAAUCAGUGCUGUGGCUCAAAGACAGCUUGCAGUGCACCUGCGAGGAGAUGAAUGACAUCAACGCACCCUAUCUGGUCAUGGGACAGAAAGUGGGUGGGGAGCUGGUGAUCACCUCGGUGAAGCGGUGGCAGAAGGGGCAGCGAGAGUUCAAGCGCAUCUCCCGAAGCAUCCGCAAGCUGCAGUGCUAGUUCUGGCACGCAGGUUGCCCUGACAGGCCAGCUCCAGGGCUCGGCUGACCAUUUCCACUCCAGGACCUCUGCUCUCUCUCCCAAGCACAGUCCCCCAGCCUGGAGCAGCUCCCCCUGCCUUUUGCACGUUUGCACCCCCAGCAUUUCCUGAGUUAUAAGGCCCUAGGAGGCCUCAGGAAUGGAUAGCUGUUUUCACGUAAAGGAAAAACCCACCCAAAUCUUGUAGAAAUGUUCAAACUAAUAAAAUCAUGAAUAUUUUUAUGAAGUUUUUAAAUAGCUCACUUUAAAACUAGUUUUGAAUAGGUGCAACGGUGACUUGGGUCUGAUUUUUUUUUUUUCCUGUUUGGUUUGGGUCAACUGAUUUUCACUUUUCACUGAGGUUGCCAUAACGUGCAAAUAGCAUCAUUUUUCUGUGUGGCCCAAACUUUGGAGUCACAAACCUGGUUGAGAUAAAGCUGGCUGUUAUCUCAACAUCUCUCUCAUCUCCAGCCUGAGACUCAGCACCUAAGUCUUAUAACAACUCACUUGUCAUUUUACACCCUUUGGGAACUUACAACUGUAGCAUUUAUUGCAUUUCCAGGUAGAGUACUUCCAUUUAUAAAAAGCACAUUAACCAUCAUAGCAUGAUUUCUUCGAAUAAAGGGCAAAGCAGAGAAAUUUUAUAAUUGACCUGAGUACUUUAAGCUUCGUUUAAAACAUUUUUUACUUAAUUUUGCAAAUUAAACCAUUGUAGCUUACCUGUAAUAUACAUCGUAGUUGACCUUAAAAAGUUGUAAAAAUAUUGCU